AUGGCAAAGGGAGAUGAGAUGCUAUUUAGUUUUAGAAGUAUUCCCAACUCAAUAACCACUUCUCUUCUCAAGUUGAGAAAAUCUAACGGAACAGAUGAACUCGUCUUGGAUAUCUUACAAGGAUUGUACAAUUGUGAUUACAACGUUUUGCUGCGCUCCUUGCAAAUAUGGCAAAUACUGGAAGGGAAAGGGCAUGAAGAUGUGAAAAAUCCUUCCUGGAUAAAGUAUUUUCCUGAAUGUCACGGCGAGCAGAAAGGUUGCGUGGAAAAAAUUGUGAAACAGUGCGGCAACUCUAUUGCACUGGUGAGCAAAGUCCCUCGCGUCAGUUUAAGUCUAGCGGCACAACUGUUAAAAAAGGUACGCAGUCUAAAAAUAAUCCACCUUUUAAGAGACCCCAGGGCUAUAAUGAAAUCAAGAAAGGUUUUAGAAUGGACUCCUCCGCCGGCUGGUUCAUUAUCUUUAUGUAGGAAAAUGGCUGAUGAUUACCUUCAAUCUGAUAUAAUAAAAAAAGACCACCCGGCAAGACUGCUGACCGUUUUUUAUGAAGAUCUCGUAACUCAUCCAGCAGAAACUGUUCAAAUGAUGUACGAUUUCGCAGGAUAUGAUUUUGACGAAAAAGAACAGAGUCGCCUGAGUAAUAUGACUGGAAUGACACCUGGCAAUAUGCCUAUAUCUAGUGAUAGAAAGACAUCGUUGCAAGUCGCAAUGGAAUGGAGAACAAAAAUUAACUUAACGUUUCUGAAUGCAAUAGAUCCUGGGUGUAAGGAUCUUUACAAAAUAUUAGGAUACCCUCCAUUAAAUAGUGAAACCGACAUACACAAUAGCAGUAUACCUCUUAGAAUAAUUGGUUAGAGCUUAGUUCAGAUCAAAAAUUAUAUUAGGAUGACUGUGUAUUACGUUUGUUCUGGUAUUCUGGUAUUCCGAAUGUCAUUUAGUCAGAAUGCCCUUCUGUCCAAAGGUUGAACAGUCCAAAGGCCCGAUAGUCCGAAAAAAGGUUAAUAUAAAUACAUGUUGUAUACUAAUGUUGAUAAAUAGUUUGAUGACAGCAUUACUCGAAUUGUUACUGGAACACAAGAAGCAGGCAUAAAAAGCAAAAAUGGCACACGUUUUCGUAACCUAUUUUCGGACUAAGGGUCAUUCGGACUUUUGGAAAUUCGGAUUAUUGGACCUUAGGACCGAUGAGCCUUCGGACUAUAAGGUAUUCGGUAUUUA